ACCGAGUGACGGAGGUUAAGACCGACAUCUAUGUGACCAGUUUCGGCCCGGUGUCCGACACAGAUAUGGAGUACACUGUGGAUGUUUUCUUCCGUCAGAGUUGGAAGGACGAGCGAUUAAAGUUCCAGGGGCCGAUGAACACGUUGCCACUCAACAACCUGAUGGCCAGUAGGAUCUGGACCCCGGACACCUUCUUCCAUAACGGCAAGAAAUCUGUGGCCCAUAACAUGACCAUGCCCAACAAGCUGCUGAGGAUCAUGGAGGAUGGAACCCUGCUCUACACCAUGAGGUUGACCGUUCAAGCUGAGUGCCCGAUGCACCUUGAAGACUUCCCCAUGGACUUCCACUCGUGUCCUCUCAAGUUUGGAAGCUAUGCCUACACGAAGACAGAGGUUACUUACAUCUGGACUCGUAACGCCUCCCAGUCUGUGGAAGUAGCGCCUGAUGGAUCCAGACUCAACCAGUACGACUUGAUGGGUCAGACUGUGGGGAACGAGACCAUCAAAUCCAGCACAGGUGAAUACACAGUCAUGAUGGCUCACUUCCACCUCAAGAGGAAGAUUGGCUACUUUGUCAUCCAGACGUAUCUGCCCUGUAUCAUGACGGUCAUCCUCUCACAGGUCUCCUUCUGGCUCAAUAGAGAGUCUGUGCCAGCGCGAACUGUCUUUGGUGUCACGACAGUCCUCACAAUGACUACGUUGAGUAUCAGCGCUCGUAACUCGCUCCCUAAAGUGGCCUACGCUACAGCCAUGGACUGGUUCAUCGCUGUGUGCUACGCCUUCGUCUUCUCGGCGCUCAUCGAGUUUGCUACUGUGAACUACUUCACCAAGAGAGGCUGGGCGUGGGACGGGAAGAGUGUCGUCAAUGACAAGAAAAAAGAAGCCGCCAUCAUGAAGAAGAACAACGCGUACGCUGUAGCCGUGGCCAACUACGCUCCCAACAUCACCAAGGACUCCACGCUGCCGACCAUCUCCAAGUGCGCUCUGAACGACACCAACAAGAACACGUCUGAGACCAAGCCCGAGCAGAACAAGAAAACCUUCAACAGCGUCAGUAAGAUCGACCGCAUAUCCCGCAUCAUGUUCCCUGUGCUGUUCAGCAGCUUCAACCUGGUCUACUGGGCCACCUACCUGAACAGAGAACCCGUCAUCAAAGACCUGGAUCCUGCCAAAUGAACUGAACAGACUCAGUCCAAACACACAGCCUGUUCAGGACUUCUUCAUCUGUUUGUGUGUCAGAAUGAAGCUGCUCACAUGAAUGGACAAUCCUUCUCUCUUUUCUUACUGAGGUCAGUUUUGAAUCACGAGUUAUAGUUAAGUUAUGAGCUCAUACCUCACGAGUAAACCUGUCAUUUUCAAACCAAGCAGAUUUACUGGAGAAUUUCCAUUAACAAAUAUGGUCCAGUGUGAAAAAUGUUGGAUCCCUUGGAAACAGAUCUAAAGUAAUUUGAACUCUGAGGGUGUUCAGCUGUUUGGGAAACUCAACAACUUUCCUGUCCUUUUGAUUGACUAAACAUCCAGGCUGAACAUGAAAAGCAGUGCAAUGAGUGUUUGCUAUUAUUCAGGGUUUGGUUAGCAUCUGUAGCAACAAAGCAUCUUAACAUGUAGCAAUAAGACGGGAGCCCUCUGCUGUGAUCGUGAAGCUGUUUACAACAACAGCCAUAAUGCUGCCAGAUGUAUUUCCUCGGGGUAAAGUAAACAACUGUCUGGAGGUUAAAGGGAUACUUUGACGUUCUUUCAGAGUGGGGUUGUAUCAGCAGUAGAUUACUGUUUGUAUUUCACUUGUUGUUGAUAAGUAGCUCAUACAACUUCACUACAAUCCCAAACUAUUCCUUUAAUUGAAAAACAAAUAUUUCCACCAUGAGGAUCCGUUGAUAAUCAACAGUUAUGUCGAUGAUUACCAGAGGAUCCAUUUUCUCGUAAAUUUCUGCCUACUUCUGCAUAAAUGUUGGAGGUAACUGUUCUGCUUUAUGGUUAUUGGUUGAUUUUGAUUUUCACCAUGUCAAACAUUUCAAAAUCUUUAAUUUUAUGUGAACAUAGAAUACCACUCUGUGAGGUUUUUUUUUUUUCUCUCUCUUAACAGCUUUCUCAUUAAUGAGCUUUGAUAUUGAUGAGGCAGUAGGGAGUUGAAAGGCAGCAAUUCAGCACUGAGUUAAAAAUACAGCACUGUUGGGUGUCAUCAUGUGAACACUGAAAAUGAACCAAAACCACCCCGCAGUUAUCGGAUUUCUCACAAGUCUAUUCUUCGGUGGCCAACGAGGGCAACCAUGCUGCAAACAGCCCAAACUGUUUCCAUUACAUGCCGCAAAUUCAGAAGCACAUGCAGAAGUUCAAAACAAGGGAAAGCUGCAUGUACAGUGAACAAAGUCAAAAACAAACAAACGAAAAAACGCUGUGAAUCCAGACUCUCCCUCCCGUGCAUAUCAAACCUUUUCACUGAGUGCAACCACAUGCAGGCCUCGCAGCACUUCAGCUGGGAUGUCUGGAUUUGUAGUGUUUUUUCUUUUGCAUUUGUUUUCUGUGUUUGUGCUUUUUUUGUCUUUGCAUCAUUUAUGCGUUUGCAGCGUGUUUCACCAUUGCAUUUGUUUUGGACUUUUUGCAUGUGUUUCAGAAUUUGCAGCGUUUUUCUCCACAUCAAAAACUCACAGUGGACUGGUCAUUUCUGGAAAAAAUAACAUUAACACAUCCAAGUAUUUGCUGUGAGGCGACUCCACCCCUCAGCUCCUCCUCCUUCACACCCAGAGCUACAUGUAGCUUUUGUACAGAGUCUUUUUUUCCCCCACGAUGCUUCCCUACAUGGACUGUGUCACACUGUGGAUGAUGAUUGUGACAUGAUACAAAUGUGGGAAAAUGUGUGUUUGUGUGUGUACAUUAUAUGAACAUAGCAGAGUUUCAA